AUGGAUGUAAUCCAAACUGAAGGUGUCAAAGUACCUAACUCUGUCCUAGUAGGAGGGUUAACAGGUGAUGAGGUUGACAAUGAGGUUAUUGAUUACUUAGGGCAGUUUGGUUCUAUUGGAAGAGUAAUCAAAGUAACUAGCACAGAGGCACAGUUUAAAAACACAGCCAUUGUGGAGUUCCAAUCAGGUGAACCAGUCCAGUUCCUCAAGGAUAGCUUGCCUUGCAAAAGACAAAGCCGUAACCCAAGUGUUGUCCAUCAUAUCCAGCUUCUGUCUGCACUGUAUGCUGCAGACAGGGGUUCAUGUUUAACCCAUUCUUACCUAACUGAACUGAAAGAUCUUGCUAAACUGAGUGGUGCAGAUUUUGAGAAGGUUUUGCUAGAUGAGCUGGCCAGAAUGAAGAAGUCCACUGAGAGUAACCCCACAGUUGGACCAAAUGUAACAGUGCCUAAUCAGAAUCUGCAGCUCACUAGUGACAUAGACCAAGAUGAACCAGCCAUCAUAGAGCAUCAAAGUCCUGUUAAACUGGGCAGUGAUUUAACCCACUUGCCUGAGCAUGACUCUCACUCAUCCUCUCCAAGUGUAGAGGUGACUCCCUCGCACAGAAAAACCACUAUCUACUUACCACCUGAACAGCUCACUACACCUGAAGUACAGAGAGUAGUAGUUGAGCAUGUCAUUAAGAAUAAUGAAAUGCCUUCUCAAGGUCAUGCAAAGCUCAGGCCCUUCUCGGGGAAAACCCCCUGCUCUACUUUCGAAGCUGAUUAUGAUACGUGGCGCAACAAUGUUGAAUUCCACCUCACAGAUAGUACCAUAUCUGACAAACACAUGGUAAGGAAAAUAGUUGAGAGCCUUCUUCCACCAGCUGCUAACAUUGUAAAGCACCUUGGUCCUAACGCUUCUCCCCAUGACUAUCUCAGCCUUCUUGACUCAGCGUAUGGUACUGUUGAUGAUGGGGAUGAGCUUUUUGCCAAAUUCCUGAGCACAAACCAGAACUCAGGUGAAAAGCCUUCUGCCUAUUUACAGCGGUUGCAGAUAACCCUGAGUAAAGUCAUUAAAAGAGGUGGCAUCACUACAAAUGAUUCAGAUCGCCAACUGCUUAAACAGUUUUGUAGAGGUUGCUGGAACAACAGCUUGAUCACAACCUUGCAGCUUGAGCAGAAGAAGGACAAGCCACCUUCAUUUCCAGAGUUGCUCCUCUUGCUACGUACUGAGGAGGAUCGGCAAGCGGCAAAGUCCAGCCGAAUGAAACAGCACUUAGGCAUUUCUAAGCCUAAGGCGCAUUUAAACUCCCUUGAAGUAGGAGAGUAUGUCACUGAUGAUACAGACGUAUCAGCUGUUAAUGAUAGGCCAGUGUCUUUUGAUUCACAUAAGUUAGAAAGGAAACUUGCAAAGCUACAAGCUCAAGUGGCUUCGCUGAAAGCAUCAGCUAUUGACAGUUCAAGCCAGAACUCUGACAAGCCAAAUAAAAAAACCAAACCUAAGUUCAAGGUUCUUCCUAAGGAGAAAUCUGAUCCAAGCGAGACUAAGCUUACUAAGAAGCCACGCCCAUGGUACUGCUUCAGGUGCGGCGAGGAUGGAGUUCAACCAGAAACUACAAGUCUGGGAGGAACAGAAUAUGUCAGCUUUAAACUAAAAUCAGUUCCUGGGGAGGGACUACCAGGAACUGAAAGUAAUCAUGAACGUCCCAAACCGGAACCUCAGAGUAAAGCAUCUUCUCUCUCUCGUGCAGCACGACCCCAGAUUAGGUUACCCAGGGGACUUGUAGGACAGAAAUGUACAGCAGAUGUUACCGUGUCGGGAGUCAAUUGCAGUUGUCUCCUUGACACUGGGUCUCAAGUGACCACAGUAUCUGCUUCAUUUUACAACACCAAUCUUUCAGAACAUCCCAUUCAGCCCAUCAGUGGCCUGGAUGUUGAGGCUGCUAGUGGCCAAAAUGUUCCUUACUUGGGAUACAUACCCAUCAGCCUUAAGUUUCCAAAAAGCUUUAUUGAAACUGAGCCUGAGGUUUCUAGCCUUGCUUUAGUAGUGCCUGACCUACGCUCUAACUGUGACCUGCCUGUGCUGAUUGGGACAAAUGCACUUGAUGUUCUGUACGACGAAUAUUGUCAGGGUAAAGAUCCCAAUGAUUUGUCGCCGGUCUAUGGCUACAGGCAGAUCCUUCGUACACUCAAGGUCAGGAGAGAGAUAAACCUAGCCGGAAAUGAUGGCUUUGUAACUCUUAAGGGCAAGGUGCAACAUGUAGUACCAGCUCAAGGGAGAGUCCUCCUUGAAGGCUGUGUCAGAUCCAGCAGUGCUGGUGAAUGUGCCAUCGUUGAGCAGCCAACGACAUCCACCUUACCAGGGGGAAUUUUUGUGGAGUGCUCUCUUGUCACUUUGCCCAAGCAGCAUCCUCAUAGGCUACCUAUAUGGGUGAGAAAUGAAACUGAGCAUGACAUAACACUGCCUUCUAGGUGUGUCAUUGCAGAGCUCCAUAGUCCUGCAAAGAUAUAUGACGAAUCAUCUAUUUCAACCAAAAAUGAUGACACUGUGAAAUGUUGUAAUGUUACUGCACAGCCAGUUGAUGAACCUGCUCACCCAGAUUUGACAUUUGACUUUGGCAAUUCUCCCCUCCCGCAGGAGUGGAAAGAGAGGGUUACCCAGCGUCUAAGUGCCUAUGCUGAUGUUUUUGCCCAGCAUGAUUUGGAUUUUGGGCAUGUAUCUAAAGUGAAACAUCACAUAAACUUAAAGGACGAAGCACCCUUUAAGCAAAAGUCCAGGCCAAUCCACCCAAAUGAUUAUGAAGCUGUGAGGAAGCACUUGCAAACACUCCUUGAUGCAGGAGUAAUCCGUGAAUCAGAGUCCCCUUAUGCUUCACCGAUUGUGGUGGUCAAAAAGAAGAAUGGAGAGGUCCGUCUUUGUAUUGAUUAUCGCAAGCUCAAUGCGUUAACAAUACGAGAUGCGUACGCACUUCCAAACCUUGAAGAGGCUUUUUCAGCCCUUGCUGGAUCCAAAUGGUUUUCAGUAAUGGAUCUCAAGUCUGGUUAUUAUCAGAUUGAGAUGGAGGAAUGUGAUAAGCCCAAGACAGCUUUUGUGUGCCCUUUGGGAUUUUACGAGUUUAACCGUAUGCCCCAGGGGAUCACCAACGCUCCCAGCACCUUCCAGCGCUUAAUGGAACGGUGUAUGGGCAGCCUCAAUCUGAAAGAAGUUCUGGUGUUCUUAGAUGACAUCAUCGUGUUCUCCAGCACCUUGGAGGAACAUGAAACCAGGCUUCUACGUGUCCUUCAGCAACUGAGAGAAUAUGGGUUGAAGCUUUCUCCCCAAAAGUGCUCCUUUUUCCAAAGUUCAGUGCGAUACCUGGGACACAUUGUGUCUAGCAAAGGUGUAGAGACUGAUCCUGAGAAGGUCAGAGCUCUCAAAACCUGGCCAAGACCCCAGACGCUCAGUGACCUCAAGUCUUUUCUAGGCUUUGCAGGGUACUAUCGACGGUUUGUGAAGGACUAUUCAAAAAUUGUCAAACCCCUGAAUGAUCUUACCAAAGGCUACCCACCAUACAGGAAAGGCAAAAAGGUGACACCCGGUCCUAGCGGGUACUUGAACCCUAAAGAGCCUCUUUCCAGCCGUUGGACCCCUGCUUGUCAGGAAGCUUUUGAGGUAAUCAUAGAGAAACUGACAUCAGCUCCAGUGCUUGGAUAUGCUAACCCCAAAUUACCAUACAUCCUCCAUACUGAUGCAAGCACCUCUGGGCUAGGGGCAGCCUUGUAUCAAGAACAGGAUGGUGAAGUGAGGGUUAUUGCCUACGCAAGUAGAGGACUUUCACCCAGUGAAAAGCGGUAUCCAGCUCACAAACUGGAAUUUCUUGCAUUAAAGUGGUCCAUUGUAGAGAAGUUCCAAGAUUAUCUCUACGGGAACACGUUCAUGGUGUUAACAGACAACAACCCAUUGACCUAUGUUUUGAAGUCAGCCAAGCUUGAUGCUGCCAGCUAUCGCUGGUUGGCCGCUCUCUCCACCUUCGACUUUAAUAUUAAGUAUCGUGCUGGUAAGAGCAAUCAAGAUGCAGAUGGCCUCUCUAGGCGGCCACAUGAUACUGUGGGUGAUGACUAUGCUUCUCUUGAAGAAAAAGAGCGAAUGAAACAAUUCGCUUCCCAUCAUCUCUCUUCAUCUCCCAACCGACAAGAUGUGACAGCUGACACAUUCAGUGUCUUGUGCCACCGUCAUCUCUUAGGUGAAUCUGACAAUAGCCUACCUUCUAUCACUUUGGUAGAGUCCCUUGCUCUACACGCCGAUGCGGUGCCAGACGUCUAUGCUGAUGAUGGAACAUUGGGUUGUUCUGUCAUACCUACUUAUAGUGAGGUAGACCUCCAACAACAUCAGAGGUCUGACCCAAUUGUUGGGUAUGUGGUCAACAUGUUAGAAAAUGGAGGUGAAGCAAAUUCCAAUCCUAACUCUGGAUCCUUAGAGCUUAAACUAAUGCUCAAAGAGUGGAAACGGUUGGAAAUGAAAAAUGGUCUCCUCUACAGAACCCGCAAAUCAGGUGAAGAUGUCACCUUUCAGCUCGUCGUCCCUGAGUCUUUAAGGUCCACCAUUCUCACUUGCCUUCAUGACGACAUGGGGCAUAUGGGUUUGGAGAGAACCCUUGACUUGGUUAGGUCAAGAUUUUAUUGGCCUAAAAUGGCAACUGAUGUAGAGAGAAAGAUUAAGUCUUGCGGACGUUGUGUUAGAAGGAAGACACUUCCUGAAAGAGCAGCACCUCUUGUGAGUAUUCAAACAACCCGUCCCAUGGAACUGGUAUGCAUGGACUAUUUAUCCUUGGAGCCUGACAGUCACAACACCAAAGACAUUCUGGUCAUAACUGAUCAUUUUACCAAAUAUGCUGUUGCUAUGCCAACGAAAGACCAAAAGGCUACAACAGUUGCGAAGUGUCUUUGGGAGCAGUUUUUGGUGCAUUAUGGUUUUCCUGAGCGCCUGCUUAGUGAUCAGGGCAGGGAUUUUGAGUCUCAACUCAUUAAAGAGCUCUGUGCCCUAGCUGGUAUCACGAAGGUGCGCACCAGUCCUUAUCAUCCAAGGGGAAACCCAGUUGAACGGUUCAACCGAACUCUUCUUGGCAUGUUAGGAACUCUACAAGACAAACAGAAAACUCACUGGCGCGAUUAUGUGAAACCACUAACUCACGCCUAUAAUUGCACCAAGAACGAGACCACCGGGUUUAGCCCAUACGAGUUAAUGUUUGGUCGCCAGCCUAGGCUUCCAGUGGAUAUUGCAUUCUGCCUGCCAGUUAAAGAUGGCUCUCCUGCAUCUCACUCUCAGUAUGUGAGAGCUCUGAAGGCUCGCCUUCAAGAGAGCUAUCAGAUCGCUGCCAAAAACUCUCAAAAGGUUGCUGAACGGAAUAAACGCCGUUUUGACAAAACUGUCAGGGAGUCAACUUUGGAGAAGGGUGAUCAAGUGCUAGUGCGGAACCUGCGACUUCGGAAUAAACACAAGCUUGCAGAUAAGUGGGAGUCAACCAUGUACAGAGUGGUGGAAAAGAUGGUAGAUCUACCUGUGUAUGUUGUACAGCCUAUGAAUGGAGAUGGUCCUAUUCGAACUCUUCACAGGGAUCUCUUACUCCCUUGUGGUGACUUAUCUGAAGCUGAGGAAGUUGACCAGGUCAAGCCAAAGAGUUGCAGGCCAAGAACGAGGCGCAGUCAGCCUCUGUUACUUGAGGAGCAAUCAGAGUCUGAAGAUGACUCACCUGUCUGUCCUAGGCAGUCAUCUGUCAUUCCUGAAAGGUUUGUUCAGGUGUUUGAAAUCCCGAAGAGACGACAGCAAACAGGAAAAACAGUACCGGAGGGUAGUUGUAUACCAGCUAUGCCAGCAGACUCUGUAACCCCUCAGCCUCGGGAUGAGCCUUGCAGAGGCAGCUCCCCUUUGCUGCCUGCAGAGCCUGUAGGGGUAUCUCCUGAAGUAGCUGAAGGAGAGGAGCCAGAUGUUGUGGCUGAGCAACUCCCUACUGAAGAUGAUGUAACUUUACCAACUAUGACUAAUCAAAAAUCAGCUGUGGCUGAAGACAGCAUUGAUGUACCAUCCAUUGAUGUCGAGGCUCCUAUAGCUAUGGAACCCAUUGAUCUGAACCCACAAACUCCUGAAGUAGCUCUGGAGCAUAAGGAAACUGUUGAAAGUGCAGAAACAAAUGAUCAUGUUCGUAAGUCAGAAAGGACACGUCGACCACCAGGGCGCUUCCAUUAUCCUGAGUUGGGAAAUCCCUUAAUUUCCUUUGCGCAGAGCCUCCUAGAGAGCUUUAACCAAGCACUUUAUACAAUAGGUGACUAUGAGAGUUCAUCUGUAGACCACAGCGUGACGCAUGAAGGGGCUCAUGCUAGGUCAAAGGGGGAGGGUGUAACCCAUGUGAAAUACAGGGCUGCAAAAUCCCUUUUUGUUAUUUAAGGCUAUAGCCUGUUAUUGUCACAAGGGGGUGCUGUGAUGCAGUCUUGUGUUCUGACGACCUUGCGUCUAGUGCGCAGGAAGUAUUACCUGUCUCUUCCUGUGAGAUCUUCCCUCUGAUGGCGGUCAAGUGCGUGUCGGAGCGCAUGGAAAAAGUAUCUUGGCCCCGAACUCUGACCGCAAAAGGAAUAACAUCUGUCAAGUUA